AUGGGCUGCAGCCGGGGCGUGGUGACUAGUGCCUUCUACUGGUCUGUAGCCAUUGUCUGUUUGACUCAAAUGGGUGGAGUUAAGCCAGACUGCUGGUUAAUCGAGGGCGAAAAGGGCUUUGUGUGGCUUGCAAUUUGUAGCCAAAACCAGCCACCUUUUGAGGCCAUACCCCAGCAUAUCAACAGCACCAUCGUUGACCUUCGCCUGAAUGAAAACAAAAUCAAAAGCAUACACUACUCUUCACUCAGCCGCUUUGCCAACUUGACCUACCUGAACCUGACUAAGAAUGACAUCUCCUAUGUCGAAGACGGGGCUUUUUCCGCUCAGUUCAACCUCCAAGUCCUGCAGAUGGGUUUCAACAAGAUGCGAAAUCUGACAGAGGGGGUCCUCAGGGGACUCGGGAAGCUGCAGUACCUCUAUCUUCAAGCCAAUCUAAUCGAGAGUGUGACACACAAUGCUUUCUGGGAAUGCCCCAAUAUUGAAAACAUCGACUUGUCCAUGAACCGCAUCCAGCAGUUAGACGGAUCCACAUUCGGCAGCUUGACCAAGCUCACUACUUGCGAGCUGUAUACCAAUCCCUUCAACUGUUCAUGUGAGUUGUACGGCUUUGUUAAAUGGCUGUCGACCUUCCCGAAUAGAACCAAUGACCGGAUGGUGUGUGAGACUCCAUCUGGUGUGUACGGCUACAGUUUGUUGAGCCAGAAUCCCAACGAUCCAACUUAUAAGAACGCUCUGCACAUGCUGACCACAGUGUGUACUGAUGAUUAUGUCACCCCAUUUAUUGAUAUACCGACGGAGCCAACCAUGCCACCGCCAGACACUACCCUGUGUGCGUUAGAGGACUGUCCUUCUGGCACCGAACCAGAGGACAUCACCACCAGUACAGUCUCUAUAGAUCCCAAAAUGAAGCCUCUAAUGAAGCUGAAGCAAGUUACCAACAAUGGGGCAACUCUUUCAGUCCAAAUCCCCUAUCCCUUCAAGAAAAUGUACAUCCUAGUUCUUUACAACAACAGCUUUUUCACAGAUAUUCAAAAUUUAAAAGACAUACAAGAGGAAAUUGUACUUAAGGACCUUAAACCCCACACUAAUUACACCUACUGUGUCGCUUCAAUCCGUAACUCCUUGCGUCGCAACCACACAUGUCUAACUGUGACCACCGGGCCCUGGAACGGUAAAGAAAAGAUUACCAACAAUGCCACCGCCACGCAUUAUAUUAUGACAAUCUUAGGCUGCUUGUUUAGUAUGGUCAUUUUCCUCGGGGUGGUGUACUACUGCUUGAGACGCAAACGCAAGCAAGAGGAAAAGCACAAAAAAGCAGGGGCCAUAAAGAAAAACAUAAUGGAGUUGAAAUAUGGACAAGAGCUGGAGGGAGGGACAAUAUCGCGAAUGUCACAGAAGCAUUUGUUAACUGGGGAGAGCAUGGCACGUAUGCCUUACCUUCCGCCGGGGGCAGACUUGGAUCAAUACAAGUUUCAGGAAAUCAGCGACACACCUAAAAUGAUGAAAGGAAACUACAUGGAGGUGAGGAGCAUGGACCACCACGACCGCAGAGAGUGCGAGAUGGGGAUGCCCGGAAACAGCCAGGGAUCUGUGGCGGAGAUUUCCACCAUCGCAAAAGAGGGCGUCAAAUCGGGCGCGGUGUCAACAGCCGAGCCGCAGCUUGUGCUUUUAUCCGACCACCCCCAAAACAAAUCCGGCCUCUUGUCACCGCCGUAUCAAGACAGCUAUCACCACUCCUUGCAGAGGCAUCGCAGCUCGGACGCCUCUCCCAAGAGACCAAGCACGGCGACAGGAGGCCCCAUGCGCAGUCCCAGGCCCUAUCGCUCUGAAUCAAAGUACAUCGAAAAGACCUCCCCGACCGGAGACACCAUCGUUACCGUAACGCCCACCGCGGCCAUCUUGCGCGCAGAGGCGGAGAAAAUGCGGCAAUACAACGACCACCGGCAUUCGUACACCGACGCGCAAAUAGAAGAACUGGAAGGACCCGACGUGCAUAAGUCUAUGUUGGAGCCGCUGACCCACUCGCGGUCCAGAGACUUGGCGUACUCCCAGUUGUCGUCCCAGUAUCACAAUCUGAGCUACUCUUCCAGCCCGGAGUACUACUGCAAACCCUCGCACAGCAUUUGGGAGAAGUUUAAACUGCACAGAAAGCGGCACAAAGAUGAUGAGUACAUGGCGGCGGGACACGCGCUGAGGAAGAAAGUGCAGUUUGCGAAGGAUGAGGACCUGCAUGAUAUUUUGGACUACUGGAAAGGCGUGUCCGCGCAGAAUAAAUAA